ACAACAGAAAUCCAAGGUUUUUCAGUCAAAAUUUUUAAACUCACCUGAACAAGAAGAGACGAUUUUGUUCUCUUUCUCUUUUUCCCUCGUCCAUCAGAACCACUCUCGGUUCCAUCUACGGGAUGGGAAGAAAGCUUUUCUAACUUGCCGUCUAGGAUUUUUACUUUUUCGGCCAGUUCUUCAACCCGCUCGUUUGAGCUUCGCACGGUCUGAAGCAGUUCCUCGAUCGACCUCUGGCAGGCAGCAAGGCCAGUGAUCAACUGCUGCGCUGUUUCUUGUGAGGAUAGGGGCGUAGAUCCGCUGGAUCGGACAGAAGAUGACGACCGACCAACUGAACUAAUUCGCGAACUCGAACCGCUAGAAGGGGAUGGAGUCCGUGAUAUUGAAUAAAAAUUGCUUGGUGCACUACCGCGACUUUGUGCGCUGGAAUUCCGAUCCAUGUUUUUGAAAUCAGAUGAAUGAACACUAUUUGAACCGCGGACGAAUUUGCAUAAGUCGAGAGAAACAGUCUGAAUCAGCGAACCUCGUGAACUGAAAAUUCCCGCCACAAAGAACCAACAAAUAACCACGAAGCGGCUGCGUGAGCUUCGCAACUAAGCCUUUUUUCAACGAGUUAGCAUAGUUUUCCAGUCACGUUAGUGGAGGAAAUGAAUUCUGUUUUACCUGCAAAUGAGAAAAUUGUGUAUUGUUCGAAGAGGAAGAAGAAAAGAUUUUGUGAUCACUACGAUCGUCUGGUCUCGAUCAGGACGUUUAAUGCCCACAAGCGAAGGAAGACCGUCGAUAAUGCAAAAAUUGAUUACACAGAUGAAUUGCUUAGCCAAGAUCUUCGAAUUCACUCAGAUUCAAGCGACCUGGAUCUUGACUUUGAUUUAUCAAGCGAUGAAUGUUCUGAAGUUGCAAAAUUUGCCGCUGAAAGUCUGGAACUUCAAGGUAUAUAUUCAUAUAUCUAUUUACACCAAACUUUAAUGUUAUUCACCUUCAGAAUUAACCUUCUUUGAAAGCAAAGUUUGGGUGAGAUUAAAGUUUUGAGGGCUUGAAGUUAAUUAGCUUAUAAAGUACAGUUUUGUAUUGCAGAUGUUAGCCCGCUCCAGGAUGGGGCUAAAUUUAAUUGCAAAACACCACUUUUUACAUAUCACAAUU